UCCCGUUUUGAAAGGGCUGUCAGAAUGGCCGGCCGUCGCGCUGCGCUGAAAGCCAUUGACUGGCUCGCGUUUGCAGAACGCGUGCCGCCCAAUCAGAGAGGCAUGUUCAACGCGCUUAAAACGCGCACUGACGCUAUCUCAGCCAAAUUGGCGUCUCUUCCCGGGAAGCCUGCUCCCAUUGACUGGAGCUACUACAGGAACGCUGUGGCCAAGGCCGGGAUGGUGGAUGAGUUUGAACAGAAGUUCAAUGCCUUACAGAUCCCUGAACCUGUGGACACUCAAACCAGCGCCAUUGACGCUCAGGAACAAGAAGCUGCCCAAAGCGCCCUGGCCUACGUAGAGGCUUCCAAAGUCCGUGUUGCAACUUUUGAAGAAGAGCUGGAGAAGUUCAAGAACAUGAUCCCAUUCGAUCAGAUGACGAUUGAAGACCUCAAUGCUACGUUCCCAGAGACUAAGCUAGACAAGGAGAAGCAUCCGUAUUGGCCACACAAGCCUAUAGCCGACCUGUGAUUUACAGACCCAAGUCUUUGAAUAAAAGCAUCUCAGUCUUUGUAACUGUCA